UUGAACCAGGUGGCUGAUAAUUAUUAUCAUCAUUAAAUUGAAUUUAAGGAUUUAAGAAUGAAGAAUUCUUGAUAUAAUCCUGGAGAUUAUAUUCCCGGUUGAUAACUAUGUCUUUUCGUGAUUUUUUAGAAUUUUUCAGUUCACGUCGUUUAAAACGACAUGAUAAAUUAUUCUUGCGAAAACGAUCGAUUCUUAUGAUAUGUGGAUUACUUUUGAUUUUGUAUUUGAUUUCAUUGUUUUUUAAUCGAUUCAAUGUUACUCGUUUUAAAAAAGAAGAUUUCACUUCUCUUUGUAUUGAUAAAUUUGUACAAUCAUUUCAUUCUGAAAUUGAAUCAUCCGAUUCAAGUGUUUGGAUUCCAUUCGAAAAUCAUCCAUCAACUUUGCCGAUUGUUGUUGAACCAACUUCAUCAUCAUUCGGAACUACUUACUAUCCGAGUAUCAAUGAAAUUUCGAAAAAUUCUUUUAUUCCAUUCGUUGGAAAUGGUAAAUUUUCUAUUGUUCCAAUCGAAAAUUUAGAAAAUGGUGCACGAUUUCAUAUUAUGGGCAAACGUAUCCUUGAUUCGCCCAUACCUUUUGAUCCGAUUAUCAAUGUAGAAGAAUUUGGGACUCAUACUAAAUCUGCCUACAUAUCACGUUAUCGUAAAGGAAUUGUCGAAAAAUUAACCUGCAGUAAUUAUGGUGGUGGUAUCAUAUCUAUUCAUGAAAUUUUUUCCGCUCAUCGUUUAAUACCGGUGUUAUUCACACAGGAUAUUCGUAUUUCGAAUCCAACGAAUUCCCCGGUUAUUUUGAGUUUAUCUCGUCGAGGUUGGUCAAACAAAUCUGUCGUUAGUAAAUCUAUUGGUGUUAUGACUAAAGAUCAUCGUGAAUAUUCAAUGAUUGUUGCACCAAUACAGCAUACCGAAACAUUCAAUAGCAAACAAUCUAAUCGAUCACCAAAAGCACGGCUAAUUGCAAUUGCUUAUACAUCGUUGCAUAACACAAUUGAAGUUCAUCCAAAUGAUCAUCUUUCUUUAACCGUUCAUACAUUCAUUAAUUACACUGACGUUUUCAAACAUGAAUCUGAAAUGCAAGCUGCAAUACCAGAACUAAAAGUUUCGUUACGAGAAACGGUCAAAAAAUUGAUUGAUUUUUCCGAUACAGCGUUGCAACAAUAUCAUGAACAUGCAUGGGAAAAAAUUUGGUCUUCUGGUUUUAGCAUUUCGCAUUCACAUGCACCGAAUGUCAUCAAUGGUUAUCAGAUAAAUGCUACUCUUUAUUAUAUGCUAUCCCAACGUUCGAUGUUAUUGCCAAAUCAAUCCGAUCAACAAAGCAAUUCUGUAUUGGAAAAUUUUAACACAGAAUUAUCAAGUUUUAUCGAAAUGGAAACAAUAAACCGAUCAUUGAUCUAUCGACCAGAUCGAUGUUAUCAUGGUCAUUCAACGUUGCACGCUCCUCGAUUAUGGGACCGUCUUGAUUCAGUCAACGAUCUUUAUCGAGUAAUUUCUUUAUGGUUUUUAACAUUAGAGAAACAAAGUUGUGAACAUUUAAUAAAAACAAAUGCUCGUGAUGUUUUACAAGCAUUCAUUAUCAGUUUGAUCGGAUUACGAUUCACUCCAAGACACAUUGAAUUUCAUUCACACCCAAAUGAUCUUCAAAGAUCAUUUCUAAUUCGACGUUUAAUGUAUGAUGAUAAGACUUUGCUUAACAUUAGCAUUGUGAUUAAUGAUGAAAACAAAGCUUUAAUUCGUGUUUCCAUUGAAAAUCACAACAAAUUAAAGGAAUAUUAUGCUUGUGAUGCCGGUUGUUUAGAUGCACCAGUUCAUCUAACAUCAAAUCCACAAGAAUUUCCCGUCAAAUUAACUGAACCAUUAACACCUUUACUUUAUAUUACAUCCGAUCGAGAACAUGUACAAGAAUUAAAACAUUCUAUUCAUGUAAAAGAAAUUAGUGAAGCUCCACCACAUGAACAUCAAACAAUUGCUUUACAUCGUUAUGGCCAUUCACUUGGUGGUUUACCUAAUUUUUUCUGGAUAUCCAUGAUCUUCCUUAUUAUUGUAUUUCAUUUAUUUCUUGGUAAAUUGAUCUACAAUGAAUAUUUUAAUGCAAAUAAUAUACCAUAUGAACGUACUCCUUAUCGUAAUAUUGGACGUUAUUCAAUGUAAAUAUUUCAUGCACAUCUUAUAUUAUUUAAAAAAAAACAAAAACAAAUCAAUUUAUUCAAGUGUCUGUGAUGAUAUAUUUGUCUGAUCAAUUUUUUUUAAUUGUAAAAAAUGCCAUUCAA